CUGGGCGGCGGUGGCGUCGGGGUCGGGGUCGGAGCCGCUUCGGGCAGCGGCCGUGCGGGCCGGGCCGCGUCUCCCGCACCAUGGCAUCUAACUAUCGACCAAAUGCCAGUCAGCGGAAGAAGCCUAAUGUCAAAGUCGAAUUGACGGAGGAGCAGAAACAAGAAAUCAAGGAGGCCUUCGAUUUAUUCGACGUCGAUGGGUCUGGAAGCAUCGACGUGAAGGAAUUAAAGAUUGCAAUGCGCGCAUUAGGCUUUGAACCAAAGAAAGAGGAAAUUAAAAAAAUGAUUGCGGAGAUUGACAAAGAAGGAUUUGGCACCAUUAGCUUUGAAGACUUUUUCACCAUGAUGAGUGUGAAAAUGAGUGAAAAGGAUGAAAAAGAAGAAAUUUUGAAGGCCUUCAAAUUAUUUGAUGAUGAUUGUACAGGAAGUAUCACCCUCAAAAAUAUUAAGAGGGUUGCUAAGGAAUUGGGAGAAAAUUUAUCAGAUGAUGAACUUCAGGAAAUGCUGGACGAAGCUGAUCGUGAUGGAGAUGGAGAAAUAAACGAGCAAGAGUUUUUGAGGAUGAUGAAAAAAACCACUCUUUAUUAGUGCUAAUUCUUUGGUAACCGUGUCCAGAAGGUUGUUACUCUUUACUGUUCUGUAAUUUAAUCCCUAAAUGUUGACCAUCUCAGUUUUUAGAUUAUACGGACAGGGUUUUACCUUUGUGGCCGCCUCUUGGGACUCGAGAAGAUUGGCUUCAGGAGCUUGGCCUGACUCUAAGAGGCAGGAUUCAGUGACUGCAAAGCCUAGCUUACGAAUCCCAGGUUAAAGAUAUACAACUUUCUCUCUUCCCUUUUCUCAUCUCUCUGAUCCAGGGUUGUAAAUGCUAAUAGGCCAGAAAAGAUUUCCAAACAAAAUUCCCCAAGGAAUAAAUGAACUUUCACUUCUUUUUCUUUGCAUAAAUUUCAAAGUAGACAGUGAGCUUUUUGUUGCCAUUAAAAAUAGUUGUUUGUUUGUAAAAAGUGUGAAAUAAAACUAUGCUGCAAGGA